AAACCAGUUAUGAAAUUAGAUUAUUAGAAGUUGAAAGAAUUUCCUUUAAAUUGAAGAGUAGGAGUUAAAAAACAAAAGAAAGGAUUAACAAAGAGAAAGUAAGAAUAUAACUAAGACAAAUAAAAUACAUUCUUUAAUGUUGUACAAAGAUAUAUCUUUUCGUGAGAAAUGGAAGAAAAGAAAAAGGUCACGAUGGAUUUUUUUUUCUUUUUUGAGGAUAAGUUUUCUUAUCUAAAAAUAAACUGGUCUUCUUCUUAUUCAUACUUAUUCUCUCUUUCUCUCUCUCUUAGUUUAUUUAUCUAUCUAUGAAUGUCUCUUCCUAUGCUUUUCUCGGUUCUCUUUUUUAGCUGUCCCCUCCCCCUCUCUACUUUUUAUUCUCUCCGGAUCUCCGUCCUUUAUGCUCGUGGACCUUUAUCCUGUUAUUUUUACAAAUUUUGAAAGACUAAAAGAAUUGGAAGAAAGGAUGAUUAGGUUAAAUGGGUCCGUAUCCAUCUCUCCUCUAUAUUGUACUUAAAUACUCUAGAUAUAAGAAUGAUGGGUUAUGAUAACUAGUCAAAACACGAGUUUGGUUGAACUGUCUCGAUUUUAGUUCUUACAAUAUGAAUUCUUUACAUGAGGAAAAAGGCUAUAAAUAGCGAUCCUGCUAUACAGCCCAAUGAUACACUGGGAUAUACGUAGGCCUGUAAAAUCUCUUUUUGUGUAAAACAUUCGACUAUCAUAUAAACAAUGAGUGAAAAAGCUAGAUAUGAAGAGCAUGAGGGAGGGGUGAUUUUAAAUAGACCUAAUGUUUUCAAGGUGAAUCGUGAUUAUCAUCAUGUAUAGGCUGAUGAUAGUUAAAAAAACGGUACAGUUAGAAAUAAAAGGAGAAAUAUAAACUGAUGAGGUCAGUCUUAGUCUGGAAUGGCUGGGAAUGUUUGCUUUACCUAUAUGUAUAAAUGUUAUAAAACUCUCUACAAUAUUUUUAUUCGAUAAUCUAUUAAAUGGCUGUCCUAUUGGCGCUUCGUAGCCUCUUCGAUUACUUCAGACCAGACUCUCUCUCUCUCUUUUUUUUUUUAUUUCGUCCAUUAUCUUAUAAAUUACCUACCUAACCUAAUUUUUUUACGAUUUCUAUAAUAGUUAUACGUAGUUAUAAGCAGCCACCAAAAAAAGACUAGUGCCUGAUUCCUAAUAUAUCUAUUCUAUUCAAUUAUAAUCGAGUGAACAAUAUCUUCGUAACCAACGAAUUAUAAUAAUAAUAUUAAUUAAUAUUACAUGAAAGCCCCUUUUCAUAUCCACCAAUCCACGUGUAUAAUUUUUGAACUGCAAAAUAGUAUAUCAAUAUUUAAACAAGACCAAUGUCACCUUGACAGGCCUAGAUAUAUUACGUCAAACAAAAGUUUCAAUCCUCCUUAACUUUAAACCAGUAAAACAGGUCAUUUAUCAAUGUCAAGAUAUUUCAAUAAAUAUAAUAUUGGGUAAAUUAAUUUACAAAACUGUUUGCUCCUUGCUAUCUAUCACUUCCGGUGUUCCCUUUCUUUACUAUUGGGUACUAUUUUUAGAUUUACAAUUAUUCAUUACUAGCUGCCCUUAAUAAUACCCUACUAAUUAGUACCAUUUUGAUUAGUUGAUAAGAAUCAAAGCUUUUUCUACUCUCAUUAAUGAAUAGAAAGAUUAUUAACGUUAUAGUGUUUGGAAGUAAAUUUAAUAAAUUAAUAUAUCUAAUUAGAUUGAACAAUCCUAAUUAAUAACGUCCCUAAAAUAAUAUAAUACAAGGAAUAAUCUAGAUGAAUUUUAAUAGUUAAAUUCUUUUUUUAACCGUAAGAAAUAUCCUUCUCGUACUUUUUUUUUGAUGAAGCUUAGAAAACAAGUAGCGUAGAAGGAGCCACUAGGAAAAUAGGUGUCGCUUCGAAAACAAACUACUUUCAUUCUCCUAUUUAGACCCUGAGUCUGUAGCACGAUGUCAGGCGGCAAGUAGCCGGUUUCAGUUUCAGAAAAGAAAUAUCUCUCAAAGUAAACGUUAUUUUAUUAUGCUGAUUAGCUCUUCAUGGCUAAGAAUUCAAAUCAUCAUGAUGUCGAAAAGCAAGCGGAAUCAAUUAAAGAACCCGCUGAACAGACAAAUGUCCCGUUGCCUACGCAAAAAGAUGGCAAUAGUCUAAAAUCAGACGACACAAGCGUCCUACCCGAACGCGAUCAGUGGGCAAAUAAAUUGGAUUUUGUCGUAUCCUGUAUUGGCUUCGCCGUUGGACUGGGUAACAUUUGGCGUUUUCCCUAUCUCUGUUAUAAAAAUGGAGGAGGGGCGUUUCUUAUUCCGUACUUCAUAUGCUUGAUAUGCGGUGGAGUACCGAUUCUCUUCUUGGAAAUAUCUUUGGGUCAAUUCAUGAGACAGGGUGGAUAUGGAGUGUGGAAAAUAUGUCCGAUAUUUCAAGGAAUUGGAUGUGCAACAACAGUGAUAGCUUUUCUUAUGAACAGUUAUUACAUAAUUAUAAUCGCAUGGGCAGUACACUACUGCUUUAGUUCAUUUACAUCCGAAUUACCAUGGUCGCAUUGUAAUAACUCUUGGAAUACCCCUAAUUGUUCGACUUUUGAAAGCGGUGCGAACUAUACAAAUGACUCGAACAGAGUAGACUCUGUUGUUCAAUUCUGGGAGAAAAAAAUUCUCAAUAUAUCGGACGGAAUAGAUAACCCGGGAGGUAUUGUUUGGCAGAACGCCGUUUGCCUUCUUUUUGUUUGGAUAGUUUGCUAUUUCUGCGUAUGGAAAGGUGUUAAAUGGACUGGAAAAGUUGUGUAUUUCACCGCUCUAUUCCCUUAUUUAGUUUUAACAAUCCUGUUAAUAAGAGGCGUAACUCUAGAUGGAGCUAUCGAUGGUAUUACAUUCUAUUUAAAACCAGAUUUUAAGAAACUUGGAGAUUCUCAGGUUUGGAUCGAUGCUGGAACACAAAUUUUUUUCUCUUACGCGAUUGCUCUUGGAGCAAUGACAGCUCUGGGUUCUUACAACAAAUUCCACAAUAACUGCUACAAGGACUGCAUAAUUGUAUCCUUGGCAAAUUCAUCAACAAGCUUGUAUGCUGGUUUCGCUAUUUUUUCAGUACUAGGUUUCAUGGCUAAACAGCAAGGUAUACCCGUCGACGAAGUAGCGGAAAAGGGACCUGGCUUAGUUUUCAUAGUCUAUCCAAAGGCUGUUACCCAAAUGCCUGUGCCAACUCUUUGGGCUAUUCUCUUCUUUGUUAUGAUUUUUCUGCUGGGCUUGGACAGCCAAUUUGUCGGUAUGGAAUCUUUCAUAACAGUUAUUGUCGAUUUAUUCCCGGUUUUAAGGAAGAAGUGGUACAAAGAAACAUUCGUUGCCGGCUAUGUCGUAUUAUCAUUCCUCAUUGGUCUUAGUAUGGUGACUCAAGGAGGAAUGUACGUUUUCCAAUUAUUCGACUACUACAGCGCUUCCGGAAUGACAUUACUAUGGGUUUGUUUCUUCGAAGCCAUAGCUAUCGGCUGGGUUUACGGUGGUAAAAAAUAUUACGAUAACUUAGAAUUAAUGCUCGGGUUCAGAAUUGACCCCUGGUUCCGUAUCUGUUGGUCAGUAAUGACUCCGGUGGUUACUUUCGCAAUAUUCAUUUCUGUGUGGGUAACAUUCGAACCCUUAACUUACAAUCGAACCUAUGAGUAUCCAGGCUGGGCUCAAGCCAUCGGCAUGUGUAUGGGUUUCAUAUCUAUGAUAUGUAUACCCUUAUACGUACCUAUUGCUCUCUUUAACGCUAAAGGAAAAACUCUUAAACAGGUAAGCAUUUCCUCAUCCUUUGUUAAACUACUCAUUUUUCCAUCAAAAACCAUUAACAUCCAGAAAGCCUUCUGCAAUAGAAUUAAAUAUUCAUCUGCUCCAUUUAGUCUAAGCUAAUUUUUUAAACAUCUUUUAUUAAUAAAUAUACGAUAGAAUUUAGGCAAACUAGGAUGACUGACGUACAUGGUAUCAUUUCCUUUUCAAUUACAUUUUAAGACUUACAAAAAAACUUGUAAUUUCCGUCCCUCUCUCUCUUCUCUCUCUUUCUCUUUUUAUAUAAUAGCUUAAGAUCAUAGUACUACUCUUGCUCUUAUCAAUCAUAACGGGAAUAAUACAUAUUCCCUUCUCAAAUUGACAAUAGUUUUUAACGGCAUAACUGAUAAUCAUUCUCUCUUUUCUUUUAAUUCUAAUCUAUAAAAUUUAUUCUUAUAAUAAAUAUAUGAUUAUUCUCUCUAAAUCUUUGCAUUUAUUCGUCUUUAGCGUAUAAGGGACGCUACAACUGCAAAAUUACAAGAUUUUCAAUUGAGUAAAGGCUCGGAUGAUUACGGAAAAUUUAAAACCUCAAAGCAUAUGCUUGAACCUUCCUUAGACUCUCUUCUACCUCUAAAGAAGGACAUCGAAAGCUAAAUAAGUUUCUAACAUUGAUGGAAGAUCCUGUAUAUUUUAUUCUAAAAUUUCUCUACAUAUUAUUACCUACCUUCCCACCGGAAGUUGAAAAAGCCAAACUCGAAAGAGAAGAGGCACAAUUCGAUAAAUUAAAAAGCAACAUUUGUCGCUUAUAAUUAAUUUAUAAUCUAUUCAACUUCCAAUUUUAUAUAUUUCUUUUGCUUUAGUUUUUGUUAGUAUAUGUCUUGCUCUAUUUUUAAUUAGCUAAACUUACAAAAGCGUAUAUCAUCUAUAAAUCUUCUUACAUCGUAUUAUCUCAAGUCUAUUAUAUACGUUUAAAACUGUUUAUGCUAAAGAGAAAGGAAAAGCUGAUAUACAUAUUAUGUAUGUAUAUAUAUAUAUAUCUUAGUAUUCUCUAUUUCUUAUAUUCAUCUUAAUCCUAUUAAAAUAGGAGAGUUUCUCUUUUUCUUUCUAUCUUUCUUUCUUUCCUUUUUCUUUCUAUCUAUAUCUCGUUAUAUAUACAGUCUAUACUGUUAUACUCUAUGUUUUUCUGCAACAAUUAUGAAAUAUAAUAGAUAUAUUGUCUUUUCAUUGAAUAAUAAAUCCAAU